UCAGUUUCUGGCGCGAACUUCCGCCGCUCCGAAGUUGCGCGGCCGGCGGGCGCGAUGUCGGGGGACGGCAGCGGCCGGCGGGCCGAGGGCCGGGGCCGGGGCCGCGACCCGCACCGGGACCGGCCGCGCUCCCGCUCCCGCUCGCGGUCGCCGCUGUCGCCCGGGUCCCGCCGCGGCGGGCCCGAGCGGCGGGAGGCCCCGGAGCGCCCGAGCCUGGAGGACACGGAGCCGUCGGACUCGGGGGACGAGCUGAUGGACCCCGCCAGCCUGGAGGAGGAGGAGGACCACGGCCUGUGCCGCCAGAUCCGCCACCAGUACCGGGCGCUCAUCAACUCGGUCCAGCAAAACCGAGAGGAUAUACUGAAUGCCAGCGACAAACUGACCGAAGUCCUGGAAGAGGCCAACACGCUGUUUAAUGGAGUGUCCCGGGCCCGAGAGGCCGUGCUGGACGCCCAGUUCCUUGUCUUGGCCUCCGAUUUGGGCAAGGAAAAAGCCAAGCAGCUGCGUUCUGACCUGAGUUCGUUCGACAUGCUCAGAUACGUGGAGACGCUGCUGACACAUAUGGGUGUGAAUCCGUUAGAAGCCGAAGAACUUGUCCGCGAUGAGGACAGCUCCGAUGUUGAACUCAUAGUCUACGACUCCUGGAAAAUAUCAGGCAAAACCGCAGAAAACACCUUUAAUAAAACCCAUACAUUCCACUUUCUGCUGGGCUCCAUACAAGGAGACGCGCCCCCGCCCAAGCCGCGCACGGACCGUCCGAGGAGAGUGCUCGCCUCCGAGGAGCAGCGGGCCAUGCCUGCCGAGUUAAAAAGAAUGGAAGAGUCUCACCAAGAAGCCACAGAAAAAGAAGUAGAGAGAAUCUUGGGACUGUUGCAAACGUAUUUUCGAGAAGACCCCGAUACGCCCAUGUCUUUCUUUGACUUCGUGGUCGACCCCCACUCUUUCCCCCGCACGGUGGAGAACAUCUUCCACGUGUCCUUCAUCAUCAGGGAUGGCUUUGCAAGAAUAAGACUUGACCAAGACCGGCUGCCGAUUAUAGAGCCCGUGAACGACGAGAAUGAGGGAGUUGACCAAAACACCCAAAUUCGGAAUCAAGGAAUCAUAGCUCUGAGCUACCGCGACUGGGAGGAGAUCGUGAAGACCUUUGAGAUCGCAGAGCCCGUGAUUGCGUCGGGCCAGAGCCAGCCACGGCCAAGUGCUUGACCCUGUGGCCCAGGUCUCAAGUGGAUGAUGAAGUCCCAGAAGGAAGAAGGCAUGCAUUGUAAAUACUGUAUGAUUAAAUGUUUUUAAAGAUAGAUUGUUUUUAGUAAAAUGUAGCUUUUGAUAGUUAA